AUGGCAGUCGCAAGAACACUAGCUCUCAGGCUCAUGGAGACCCAAUGCGCCAUCUUCAACACCACCUACAACCCCUCCGCCCUCCGCACCGGCAACAGUGUUUUGCGCCAACGCCUGCGCGGUCCCGCAAUGGCUGCCUACUACCCCCGCCGCGUAGCCAGAUUCGCCGACCUGCAAAAGGCAUACCCUGGAUUCGAGACCUAUGACGACUUUGAAGAAGACCGUGUCGAGCACGUCCAGAUUUCCAAGUCGAGAGGAAAGGGUGCUCCUAAGAAGAAGAGGACGGCUGCUGAAUCCAAGAAGUUCGGCAAGAAGAAGAGGUAA